AUGCGCCCCACGGAGGAGUACAUCCAGCUGGGACUGACCCGCACCGGGUACAUCUCCGAACCCUCGCUCUCCGAGAUCCGCGCUGCAAACCGCCUGCGUGGGCAGGAGGAGAAGAGGAAGAAGGAUGAGGAGAAAGCGACCCGCGAAAAGAAGAGGCUGAGGAAGGAGGCCCAUGACAAGGAGAACAAGAGGCGGGAGAGGGAAGGCCACUCACCAGAGACCACGCCUGAGCUUGGCAGUAAACACCGACAACCCCGGAGCAAAGCUCCUCGUCCGGCAGGGGUGGACUUCUCGGAGUCCGAGGACUUCGACACGGAGGUGGCCGGAAGCCCUCUGCCGAUCCAGCAGCGGGCUGGCAUUGAGACCUCGGCGUUGACGGUGGGCGAGAAGAGGCCCGCGCCGGUGAUGAUUGAGAAGACGCCCGCGACGACAGCGGACAGGAGGUCGCCCACGCCGGCGGCGGGCAGGAGGUCGCCAACGCCAACAGUGGGCCGGAGGUCGCCCACGCCGGCGGCAGGAGGGAGGUCGCCCAUGCCGGCGGUGGGCAGGAGGGUGCUCGCAACAGCGGGCAGAGGAUCACCUAUGCCGGUGACGGCGGCGGGCGAGCGGACGCCUGGCCUGAGGGCUGCUACCCCGGACACUGCCCCGUUAGCGCCGUCCAAGGUUCUUAAGUCAGGGGCAAGUGCUACGCCAUGCUCGGUGGCGCAGCCCCCGACCAGAGGGCCCCAGGCGCUGGAGGUGACCAUCGCAAAGUACCGGGAAGUGCUGACUCGGGGAGCCCAGAGGGCCCAGGCGCAAGCGGACGCGAGCGAUGCCUGCCAGAGCAGCACAGCAGUGGCUACUCAGUCGGGCGCCGAGGGAGAGACCGGCCGAGGCAGCGAGGAUCGCGCUGCCCUGCCAGAUGAAGGAGAAGACACCAGUAGAGGCAGCGCAGAGGACGCCGCCCAGCCGAGAGCCGGAGGAGAAGAAGCUGGCGGGGAUGCAUCGGAGCACCUCGCCAGCCAGACAGAGGGAGGGGUCCCCACCCCUGAGCCCGCAAGGGCCGGAGACGAGGGUGCCGCAGCAGCAGCGGUGGCACAGACGGCGCCAGUGGCAGUGCCGACGGAGGAGACGCCAGCGGAGGUGACACCAGGGGCGGUGGCACCGAGACAGCAUGAAGGCCCGUGGGAGGUCGCCGCAGCGGCCGCCGCGCCUGGCACCUCGCCGGUGAUGGAGAUGCCGGCGGAGGACCCCUAG